AUGAGUACUUUACAACGAGCUGGUGAUACUCGUUGGAGUUCACAUCUGAAUUCUAUAUCCAGUGUUAUUCGAUUGUAUGAAUCAUCUUACAAAGUUCUGGAAGACAUAAAGAAAGAGGAAUUGAGAGCAAGGUUUGAGGAAAAGAUUGUUGAACUUCUGAAAUUGAGCUCGAGUUUGGAUCCUAGCAAUGGAUAUAAAGCCUUCGAUGCUAAUGCUAUUUGCAGUCUUGCUGGAAAGUAUUAUCCUUUGGAUUUUUCUGAGAAAGAAAUAGAUAGAUUGGCAUUCCAGUUGAGGAUUUUUCAUGGUGCUGCUCUUGCACAUCCUGCUUUGGCGAAUCUAUCAUCUGUUGCUGAACUAUGUCAUGGUUUAGCAGAGUCCGGGAAGUCAAAGGACUUCGAUCUUGUUGAUCGGCUAAUUCGUCUUGUUUUGACUCUUCCAGUCUCUACUGCUAGUGGUGAACUAGCUUUUUCUGCCAUGAAGUUGGUGAAGACCAAACUGCAAAACAAAAUGGGUGAUGAUUUUCUAGCUGAUGGUCUUGUUAUUUAUAUCGAACAUGAUAUAGUGGACACCUUUAGUUUAGAUGAUAUUUUGAGUGAUUUCAUUGAUCUCAAAGAGCGACGUGUACGUUUAAGAUAA